AUGAGAAUCUAUGACUUAUUGUAUAUUGCUGCAGUUGCUAGUUCCUUCGCAAUUGGACCGAGAGACAAAGAACUUGGUGGCGAUGGGUCGAAGCACCGCAUGGCACUUGCACUUCAACUCAAUUCCAAAGACGGUGUAAGAUCGGAUAUUGUUUCUGCAUUUGACGAUCAAAAAGAAGGAGGUAUUCGUUUUGAUUUUAGUGAAAUUGGUCAGACAAGGAGCAAACGUUCAGAGCAGGAAACACCAAUAGUGGAGUCAGAUUCGUCUCCAGCUCAAGCUGAUGCAAAUUCAGAAGUUGGGGGUUUGAGUGAUAUGUUUUGGCAAUUGUUGUUGAUUGCAAAACAAAUCACCAUUGAAAAGGUUACAAUUUUGAAGGACAUAUUGUCGAUGCUUGACAAGAUAAAAAGUAUUCAGGAUGGUAUGGGCGGCAAUGAUGAUGGUGCUGGUAAUAUUAUUGAUGCAAUGGGAGCUCUUGCCGUGUCGAGCUUAAAUGCUGCCAGUGUAUUGCAUGAAAAGGAGGUAGCUGUUCAAGCACGGAAGUUACAGGACACUGAUUCGGCGAAAAAGCUUUCGGACUAUGCAAGAUUACAGUCUUUGGUUGAAGAAAAAGAUAGAGAAGAUAGGGAAGAAGAAGAAGAAGAAUGGAAAGUAUUGCAUAAUGGAAAGAAUAAACGAGCCGAAGCCCCGACAAUUGAGAAAGAUCACAUUCACGAUGAAGAAUGUGAUUUGUCUGAACAUUUGAAGGACGAAAAUGAAGAAGAAGAAGAUGAUGAUGAUGAUGAGAAAAAGGAAGCUGAAGACGAUUCAAGCGGUGAAGAGACGAAAGGUAUGAAGUCAAAACUCAAAAAAUUGAUGAUGAAGAAGAUGAUGAAAAUGAAGAAGAUGAAGAUGAAGGAGAAGGAGAAGGAAGAGGAGAAGUCAAAUGACGAUAUGGUUGAUGACAAGGGUGCUGAUAAUGUAGACUACGAAUCAGAUGAUGAAUGCGAAGAGGAAGAGCCAAAGGAAGCUGGGAAGCUAGCCGGCUUGAAGGCAAAAUUUUCAAAGUCCAAAAAACCCUUCGACAAGGAAGAGGAUGAAGAGGAUGAAGAAGAAAAGAAGGUAGAUGAGGAUUGCGCUAGUGACUUUGCGGGUGAGAUUCAAGAGCCAAUUGAUUCUGCGGAAGAAUGUAAAGAUGGUGCAAAUGAUGACGAGAAAGUGUGCGAGGGUGACAUAGAUGGUAAGGAUGAAAAGGAGGAGGAAGUGUGUGACGAUGGUGAAGAUGGUGACGCUGGUGACAAGAAGACCAGUAUGAUAUCAAAACUUAAAGGAAUGAUGAAGAAGAAAAAGAAAACAAGCUCGAAAAACGACAAUUUGAAAGAGGAACCUGAUUGCGAGGUAGAAGAAGAGGAAUCUCAAGAAGAGACGCCCAAGAAGGGAGGGAAGAUUGCCGGUAUCAAGGCGAAAUUUUUAAAUUUGAAAAAACCUUUGGAAGGAGAACAAGAAGAUGAAGAACAAGAUGAGGAAAAAGGAGAAGGAGAAGAGGAUACAACGAAGAUAGAUUGUAAGGAUGCGAAAAGUAAAGACAAUGAAAAGCGUGAAAUUUUACAUAUCAAAGGGAAGAUGUACAAGAGGGGAGAUUUAAUACUAGAGCGUCAUUAUGACUUGAGCCAUCUUUUCAAAGAUGACAUUCCCAAACUUUCUUUGAAAGCUUUGCAAGCCGAGGCGGGUAACCCUAAACAACCCCCAGGGCAGCUCAUAAAUUCCGCAAAUGGGGAUGCAUGA